CAAACCUCGAAAAUUCGCUCCAACUACGAAUUCGCACUUGACAUCUGCCAAUGGAGGCUCGGCGCCCUAUCAGCAUUUCCAAUUCCUUGGUGAUGGAACUCGAUCCUGCAGAUCGUCGCAAGGCUGACUGGAACGUCACGUCAAGCUUCACGGCGCAGUAGCUUGGCAGGAAGGCUCUUGGCAGGAAGCUGAGUAUCAGAGGGGCAUAUAUACAACAGGUAGGCACGUUGUUCAAAGGUAGGAACAUCUCAAUUCGUCUCUACACCUACUCUAUUUUUCUCUGAAAGUUCAAUUACGUCCGUCACAAUGCCUGCCCAACCAAUUCAGCUCGCUCCCUUCAAUCCUCCUCUGGGAGUCAAUCCCAACUACUGCAUGAACAAGCAAACCACCCUCGUCAUGAAAGAGAAAGUCUGGUCCCUCUCCGGCGACACAUUCCACAUCGUCGACGAAAACAACCACGAAGUAGUCCAAUGCCGCGGCCAAGCCAUGUCCCUCUCCGAUCGCAAAGAAUUCGCCACCUCCUCCGGCGCGCCCCUCUUCAGCCUCCGCACCAAACUCCUCUCGAUCCACAAAUCCUUCUACGCCGAGCUGCCCUCGGGCGAGAUCCUGUUCGAAGUCAAGGGCAAAUUCUCCAUCGGGUCCUCGAAGAUGGUUGCUACCUUCACAAACGCGUCGAAUAAGCAGCCGGUGGAAAUGCUGGUCAAGGGAGAUUGGUUGGACCGGAGUGCGGUUAUUAGUAUGAAUGGGGCGACGGUGGCGACGAUUGGGAGGAGCUAUUUUAAUAUGCGGGAGAUUUUUGGGGGGCAGCAGAGUUAUUUCGUUACGGUUGCUCCUGGGGUAGAUCUGGCUAUGAUGGCGGCGAUUUGUGUUUGUUUGGAUGAGAAGGAGAAUGAGAAGUAGGUGGAGGAAAUAUCCAGAGAACAGAUUUGAUGAGAAGGGCACGCUAUGUACGAAUUUCAUACCAUUCUAUACCCUCCUGAAUAUAUUUGCAAUAUCGCAGAGUGCAAAACUGCUAGUUUGUAUAGCUUACAUCCCAAAACCCCUGGCUAGAUGCUAGCAAAUGCAAAUGAAUGGGUAUCUUCCUUUCCUUUCCAUGCUCCGAACAAUGCGAUGCCAAUAUCAAACACCGAAAAUCUACUCCUUUCACUUCAGGCGAAUGACCCAGUCUCGGGGAAAACAACACAGAGCUUCAGUCCUUCAAAUCGACCCCGAAUUCCUCGUACAGUUCCCCAACCCUCAAGCCACGUUGAUCAGCGAUCAUG